UAUUCGAACAGGAAAUCACUUUCCUCGAAACCGCCUUCUCCUUUCGUGGCAACCGGUUAACAAAGUCAAACCAAAUUCCCCACUCCACACGUCAAUCCAAACUGCCCCUAUAGCCAUUAGCCAGCCUCCAACAACGACGAUAUCCACGAAUCCUCCUCCUCUGCUCCAGGCAGACAUGAACUUCAAGGCUUCGCUCGAAAACUUCACCCAGGAGCCCAGCUUGCGAUCACCCGAUGCUCCACUUUCUCGUCUUUUUGUUCUCUCUACAACUUGCUGUCCUCCCUUCCCCAUCCUCCGCCGCCGCCGCCCGCCACCUCCUGGCGGAGAACAACGCCACCGGGUCAUGCCCUCUGGACUUUAACUUGCUCCGGCAGGUCGCCAAGGGCUCCAAACGGGCCGACCUCGACGUCAAGACCGUGUGCCAGUACAUCCGGCAGAGCCUCCGGCUGGUGCAGUCGGAGUACCUCCGGACCUCCGACCAUUUCUUUCCUCCGCUCGCGGCGGCGGAGGCUUGCUGGGAAUCGUUUCAAGCACUGGUGAAAGAGUUCGUCGGCGAGUUCGACAUCCGGGAAUCAUGCGGGUUCAAAACCAGCUGGAUGGCCGAGGGCUGCAUGAACAUCACGACCCGGGAAGAGUUCGAGGGCAACGUGUCGAGAGCCGCCCUGGACGAUGUCGUUUCGGCCUGCAACCAGUCGCUCGAGAACAGCUCGCCUUGCGCUUCCUGCACCACCAGCCUCUCCAGCCUCCAGGCCUCCUAUUUGACCGGCCGCUCCAUCGGCAACGUCUCCGAUUGCACGGCCUACCCCUCGAUCUACGCCGCCGCCUUCGCCAACUAUUUCGGCCCCACCGACAAGGGUACCGCCAAAUGCUUGUUUUCUCUCGAUUUCACUUCCAACCAUUCUAGUAAUAAUCAGAAAAAGAUUGUGAUUUCUGUAGUUGUGAUGGGUUGUGUUCUUAUACUGCUUGUGGGUUUCGCCGGAUUUUUGGUUUUCCGGCGAAAGAAAUCGAAGAAGAAGAAGAAGAAUAGGAAGGCUGUUAGGGCAGAAACUAGCUCGGCGUCUGGGUUGGAUUCAAUUAGUGCGAGCACUACUCUGGUUAAGUUCACGUUUGAAGAAAUUAAGAAAGCCACCCAGAAUUUCUCCAGAGGCAACAUGAUUGGGAGGGGGGGAUUCGGGAAUGUCUACAAGGGGGUAUUAGCAGAUGGAUCUGAAGUUGCCAUGAAGAGGUUCAAGAAUUGUUCGGUGUCCGGCGACACGAGUUUCGUGCACGAGGUGGAGGUUAUUGCUAGCGUCCGCCAUGUAAAUCUUGUGGCCUUGAGAGGCUACAGCACUGCCACUACUCAUUUGGAAGGUCACCAGAGGAUAAUCGUGUGUGAUUUGAUGAAGAAUGGCAGUCUCGACGAUCAUCUAUUCGGGUUGAGGGUGAAGAAGCUCAGUUGGCCAAUUCGCCAGAAGAUUGCACUUGGGACUGCUCGGGGUCUGGCCUACUUGCAUUGUGGCGCGCAACCGACCAUCCUUCAUAGGGAUAUCAAGGCGAGCAAUAUACUUCUGGAUGAGAAGUUUGAGCCCAAGGUUGCAGAUUUUGGCCUUGCUAAGUUUACCCCCGAGGGGAUGACGCAUUGGAGCACCAGAGUGGCUGGGACAAUGGGUUAUGUUGCCCCAGAGUAUGCACUCUAUGGGCAGCUGUCUGAGAGAAGCGAUGUUUACAGCUUUGGAGUGGUGUUUCUUGAGCUUUUGAGUGGGAAGAAGGCCCUUAUGGCUACUAAUGAAGGCCAGCCUUAUCAUAUCUCGGACUGGGCAGCCUCGUUGGUGAGGGGAAGGCAAGCUUUACAUGUGAUUGAAGAUGAUAUGCCGGAUUUGGGCCCUCCAGAAGUCAUGGAGAAGUAUGUAGUGGUUGCAACUCUUUGUUCCCACCCACAGAUUGAAUAUCGGCCUACAAUGGAUCAGAUUGUGACGAUAUUGGAGGACAUGGACAUAGCUGUUCCCUGUGUCCCUGACCGCCCUAUUCCUCUCAUCGCAAAUAAGGAUGAUAUUGAGAGAUCUGUGAGCAGCAGUGGUUCGGGGAGUCUAUCUACUUCUGCCGGCUACCAGCCAUACACGUUUGAGAACAGCCACUCUGCUAGCCCAAAAGAAGGGGAAAGUUUAGGCAGCAGAUGAACUCUGACAAUGAUCAUUUGCACCGGGUGGCUUAUUUUGACAAUGUAAUACAGAUGCAUGAUCUACCUUGACAAUAUCUGUCCAUCUCUCCGGUGAGUAAUCUGUCUCGUCCAGAGAAUUGAGGCCGCCUGCUAAAAUAUGUGGCCCCUCGUUGGAUUGGAUUAUCGCGUUUAUCUGUUUCAUUCGCCAGUUCUCGUCUAGGUGAUCGAGGUGGGUGCAGUGGAAAUUCACCUCUCCUACCUGGGGAACACUUACUGUUGCCUUCAAAACAUUCCUGCAUCCAGAUAGCAGAACACUUAGAUACAGGAACAUCAGAGCAUGCAGUGAUGGAAGAAAAAAUAACACUUUGAAUUAGGUGGAAUAUCCAGUUGUUGACAACUUCACAGCAGACAGGCCACUCUUAUCUGUUUGUUAUGGGAAUACGAUUCAGAGCUCUUGCAUAAAGAAAUCGUCUGGACAGGCUGUACGAGCCAAAUCUUGCAUAAAGAAAUCGACUAGACAGGCUGUACGAGAGCAAAAGUUGAGACUUUUGAGGAAGAAGAACCUGAAAUCGGUGUCGUCGAAGAUCUUCUCGGCUUUCCAUCUCUUGAUCGGCCAUUUGGACAAGAUGGCGUUGCCAUAUUCCGGAGCCCAACUCUCGGCAAAAACGUAAUUCAUCCCCAAAGCUCCGGCCAAAUCGGAGAGAGGCUUCAUGGAUUUCUCUUCCUCGGCCUUUACAUCUUGCAGAGCCAGUAUGUCAGCGUCCAGCUCUCUCAGAACUUCAAGAACCGAUCUCCCACUACCAUGCCUCUGGUUAUGGACUCCAUUGCCAGUUUUCAGGGCCAGAGGCAUGCUCGUGGAUCUCAAUGGAGCCUUCCCUUUCAGAAUCCUCGAAAGCUCCCUUUCGUCCUCCACAAACGCCAAUUGUCCACUCCGCUUCAGCGAUAUCUCAUUAUCCGGCAAAUUGAUCGAAACCCUCAUCUUCGACCUGGCCAAUUUCUGCUGCUUGGGAAGAUUCAUAUUCUCCUGCCCGGAGCUGGGAUGCAGGGGAGACUGCUUCAGUAUGCUCCUCGGCCGGUCACCGGCCGACUUCGUCCUUAAACUGAAAUCAAUCGGCUGCUUGGGCUUGGCACAGUCUUCAUCUCCGCGGUCAAAACUCGGUGAAAUCUCAGCCUUUGGAAUUGCAGGUGCCAUGGCGAACAGGGCAGCAUUAAAUGUGGCCAUACGUACCACCUUUUCCGGUUUCCCAGCGUUUGGCCGGCCGUUCGGGUGAACCGCCGCCGAGCCAUUAGCAACGGCGUCUGGGUUUGCUUUGGAGGUGGACUUUCCGAACUUCUUGAUGACGACCUUGGGCUUGGAGCGGCGGCGGAGCGGCCACCGGAGCUUGGAGCAGAGGCGCUUGAGCUUCCUGUUGAGGAUUAUUCUGAUCAUGUCCGGCGGGAAAUGGCGUCGGAAUAUGCGUCAAUUGCAUGAGCAGCUGAAGAAGUUAAUGGCGGUGUCAACACCCUCCCUGGCUUGGCAUCAAAAUUAUCAAUCAAGAAGAAUAUAGAAUAAGAAAAAAGAAAGCAGUUGAAGGAGUGGUUUUGAUAUAGGAACUAGGAAGGAGCCUUCUGCUAAAUGGGUUGCUGACACUUGGCAGUAUUUUUUAUUUAAACAAUCUAUAAUGAUAUCACUAACAUAUUUUAAUAUGUAUAUGUAUUGAGAUGAGAUUUAAGAAAAAGGGUAGUUUAAUCA